GGGCAACAACAACGUUGCUCAAAGAGUCCAGCCAUUUUGUUUUUGGUUUUCUUCGGAGGGAAACAGCAAAACUCGAGACACAGCUGCUCUUUUUUUUUUUUUUUUGCUUUACCUCUUUUCGUUGUGUGUGUGUAUCAUCGGAACUGGAAGAAAGUUUUUGCACGUUGCCUCCAAAAAACAACGUCAAGUGAAUCAUCCUGCUCUGAAAAAGAGGAAACAUCAAAGAACACACACUCGUGAGGACUUGGUAAUUAAAAAGAAAAAGAAAAAAAAAAAAGGCUGCCAUCGCGUCACAGCUAAAAAGCACCCAACAAAUUGGAUUGAAAAAAUUAUUUUGUGUGCCCAGUGGUGUGCUGUUUUGGUGGUGGCGGGUGCGUGACACAUCCUCUUUUCUUUUUAUCAUAUCAGAGAGUGUGUUUUUUUUUGUGUGGGGGGGGGGUUAUUUUCCUUGCUGGUUGUGUGCAGUGUGUGCGUGCGUUUCUUGUGCGAACGAGUGUUUUGUUCUUCGGUUUUUUCAACCAUAGAAUUUUGUGUUAGUGUGUGUGUCGUGUUCGCUUUUUUCCAAACGCCUGGAAUACUAUCGAAGGAAGCAACAAAAAAAAAGGAAAAACAUUUUCAAGAGAAUCAUCUCUCUCACUCGUGUGUCGUGUGAAAUCUGAAAGGUGGAUGAUGACACAGUUUUCAUGGCGCGAUUGAAAGCAUCCGAAUCAAGCAGAUUUCUGUCCGUUGCCAUGGCGACCAUCCUCUUCGUCGUCCUUUUGGCCCUGACCGCCUCGUUUCCAAUGGCCACCGCCGCCCUUCCGGAUAUCGGUCAAGUUUUAAUUGCAUCCAGCAGCAGCAGCAGCAGCAGCAGUCGGAAUACGACGUCGAUGUCGAUCAGCUCCAGCCGCAAAGAUCCAUCGGCCGGCAUCAACAGCAUCGUCAAACAGUUCCACUGGCCGCGAUCGAGCGUCACCGUCAACGGCACGAACCGAGGCUUCCGCCAUUUGACGAUGGACGUAUCGAGCGGACGCAUUUACGCCGGCGGAGUCAACCGACUCUUCCAGCUCGACUCGAGUCUGUCGGUCGAAGCUUCUGUCGUGACUGGCCCAGUUGCCGACAGUCCUCAAUGCCACGCCAGUGGAUGCGCCCCGUCCAGCGGAGUCGACGCCGUGUCCACCGACAACGUCAACAAAGUGCUGAUCGUUGAUCGCGACGCCCGGACCCUGUUGGCGUGCGGCUCAACAUCGCAAGGGGCCUGCACCAAGUACCGUCUGUCCAACAUUUCAUCCGAGCCGGAAUUCAUCUCGCGUAACGUGGCGGCCAACGACGAAACGGCCUCAACGUUCGCUUUCAUCGGGCCGGAGCACUACAACCCUUGGGGCCGGUCCAACGUCCUUUACGUCGGUACGACCUUCACCUCGGUGGGCGAGUACCGCCACGAAGUGCCGGCCAUCUCGUCACGCAACCUCUACGAUCUUGACUUUGCCGAGUUCUCGUUCACUAAGCAGUCGACGCUGCACAUCGACGUCAAAUAUCGCGACCAUUUCCUCGUCAAAUACGUCUACGGCUUCAAUGCCUCGGAUUUCGCUUACUUUGUCGUCGUCCAGAAGAAAUCGCACCUGCCCGGCGAGGAAGAGCUGGGCUACGUCACCCGACUGGCUCGCACCUGCAUUUCCGACGCCAAUUACGAUUCGUACACGGAAGUGACUUUGCAGUGCGGCGGCGGGGCCGAUGGCCAGGGAGCUUACUCGCUCGUCCAGGACGCCAAGUUGGCUCAAGCCGGACCCGAUUUGGCCAACAGCCUGGGAUUGAGUCCUGGCGAUCCAGUUCUCGUCGGUCUCUUCUCGCCCCCAAAAGGCAUCGGCAGCUCGGAGCCGAGCCAUCAAUCGGCCGUUUGUGUUUUCAGCAUUGCGGACAUUGAGGCUCGCUUCAAUGAGAACAUUCACAUGUGUUUCAACGGCAGCCUCCAGUCUCGCAACAUGGAGUACAUUUCGGGCCCCAUUCUCGACGGCAAAUGUCCCAAAGCCGGGACAACCGGGAACAUUCACAAUUUCUGCGAAGUCGGACUGAAAAUCGCCGGCAUCGUGCCCAUCUACAGCCCGCCGGCGCUCACCUACAGCCACACGCUGCUGACUUCAGUCGCCGUGUCUGGAACGGAACAACACACGGUCGCUUUCCUCGGCACGUCCGACGGACACAUGAAAAAGAUUCUGCUGGAAUCCGGUGGUAGGGCGACGGAAUUCGAGGAAUUGCCAGUCGACGCCGGAUCUACACUUUUACCUGAUAUGAUGGUCGAUUCGAUCGGAGAGCACGUCUACACCAUCUCGACGUCAAAGAUCUCAAAAGUGCGAGUUGAGCACUGCUCCACCUACACCAACUGUUCGUCUUGCCUCGAAGCCCGAGAUCCUUACUGUGGAUGGUGUUCGCUAGAGAAGAGAUGUACCGUGAAGAGUGCUUGCCAGAAGGCCACUACCAGCUCGCCGCGUUGGCUAGCCUACGGAUCCGGCCAGCAGUGUAUCGAUUUCGAGCAAGUCCUGCCCGAUCGCAUCCCCAUCGCUCAAACAGCAGUCGUUCAGUUGACGAUCAGGACACUUCCGGAUUUGCCAUUAGGCGCCAAGUACAAGUGCGUUUUUGGCGAUGCCGACCCCAUCGACGCCACUGUCACGGCCACUGGACUCUCUUGCCCGACGCCGGAUCUCCAAUCAAGACCGGCCAUUCCGACCUCCUCCGUCAGCGUGGCCAAUUCCGUGCUGACGCCGAGCUUGACGGGCAGCAACCAGAACACGGUCACCGAUCACGUUCUGGUCCCACUUUCGGUGCGGUCGUCUGAGACGAACAAGGAUUUUGUGAGCCGCAAUUUCGCCUACUACGACUGUUCCAGGCACACUACCUGCUCGUCCUGCGUCAAAGCCCAAUGGGCGUGCAACUGGUGCGUCCACGAGAACCGCUGCACCCACAACGCCAGCACAUGCCAGCGGACCGUCGUCAGCGGAGAAAAUAAUCCGGCACAUUUGAUGACGCACGGAGCCGGCUAUUGCCCGCGUUUGAGACGUCCGGCCGACGAAGAUGAUUUGGUACCCAGUGGAGUCGCCCGUGAGCUCGUCCUGGAAGCUGAAAACCUGCCACACCCUCAGGCCGGACACGCUGGUUUCCAGUGCCUGGUCGACAUCGAAGGAGCCAAAAUGGCCAUCGGCGCCCGCAUCGAGGCCGGACGCUAUGUGGUCUGCGACAAGACGACGUACUCUUAUGAAGCCAACGUGGGUGAAUACGAAGCCCAAGUGUCAGUCGUCUGGAACGGAGACCAUUACGUCGGUUCCUUGCCCGUCACUCUGUACAAGUGCGACAUACUCGGAUCUCAUCGAGAUCAUCCCGAUUGCUCCCUCUGCGUUACCCGAGCCAAAAAGUACCGUUGCGCCUGGUGCGGCUCCGUCUGCGCCUACAGUGAAGCUUGCCCUCUCAGCGCUGCAUCUGAAUGUCCUCGACCACGCAUUGACGUGAUCAAGCCGUUGAGUGGCCCGAUUGAAGGUGGAACUCUGGUGACGAUUGAAGGCAGCAAUCUCGGCCUGAAAGAGGAGGACGUCAAAGGCAAAAUUCGCAUUGGUGAUAUACCCUGCGAGCUGAUUGAUUAUCAAGUUUCGGUCAAGAUUAUCUGCCGGACUGGGCCAGCUCCGGCUGAAAUCGAUGCGCCCGUCAUUAUUGGCAAUACGGCCGGCUACACUGAAUCGACCGUCAAAUAUUCCUACAAGGACUUGGAAUUGCACAGCGUGUUCCCCACAUUCGGACCGCAAAGCGGUGGCACUUUGCUCUCCAUCACGGGAUUCCACCUCAACAUGGGCAGCAGCGUUUCGGCCUUCCUCGACGAACUGCCCUGUCUGGUGAACAGCAGUCACGCGUCCGGAACUCGGCUCUUGUGCACCAGUUCGCGCACAUCCGGCCCGCGUACCGUCGCCCAGUUGACUGUGACCAUAGACAACGCUAAACGUGUUCUGGCCAAGAAUCCGUUCAGUUAUACCAAAGACCCGACGAUCAUGGAGGUCAAGCCUCUCAGGAGCUUCGCCUCUGGCGGCCGACUCCUCUCGGUCCACGGCACCAAUCUCGAUUCGAUCCAGAAACCUCAAAUGGCCGUUUAUAUGGAUGACGGAAUCACCGUGGCCAACGUGACGGUGUGCCGAGUUGUAAGUGCUUCGCAUAUGGAGUGCCCGUCCCCGCCCGUUGACUUUGAAGCCCUGAUCAACGCCCGCCGGAUGCAGUUGGCCGCCCUCACUGCCGCUCCGUCUUCUUCACCGUUGUCGCGUCGCAAGCGAGCCGGUCUGCGGCCGCAUCGCGACGUCCCGCGUUCGGUCACGUUGCGCAUCGGCUUCCUGAUGGACAACGUCGAAUCGGUCCGCGACCUCAAGAAACACUUUCAACAGCUGCAAUACGUGGAAGAUCCCAGCUAUUCGGCAUUUGUCGGUGCCAGUUUGAUCAAGUUGUACAAGGGCGACACUUUGGUCAUCGAAGGCGAGAAUCUGAACUUGGCCAGCGACGAAACGGACGUCAACGUGACAAUCGGUACUCGUUCUUGCAACGUCACCUCUCUAGCAGCCACGCAACUUGUGUGUACGCCGCCCGAAGUCCAGCCGACAGGCACGGACGAGAUCGGUAUCAAGACCGAAUCGGGUUUGCCGCUAGUUGUCGUCCGUGUUGGCCAGAAUGUGCGAUUCCCCAUCGGAUACCUGCAGUACGAAGUGGUGAAGCCGUACACAUUCCCGCCUGAAGCCAUCGGUGGUAUCACGGCCGGUGGUGUUCUCCUUGUCCUUGUCUCCAUCGCCAUUCUGCUCGUGUACCGCCGCAAGUCGACACAGGCAGAGCGCGAAUAUAAACGCAUUCAGAUCCAGAUGGAUACCCUCGAGAGCAACGUCCGCUCCGAAUGCAAACAAGCGUUCGCACAAAUGUGCACGUGGGACACGCGACGCUCUGGUCUUGGUGGUGGUGGCGCCAAUCUUCCUGCUUUUGCUGAACUCCAGACGGACAUGACGGAUUUGACAGCGGAUUUACAAUCACUCGGUACCCCGACGCUGGAUCACAAGACGUACGUGAUGAAAGUCUUCUUCCCAGGAGUCAACGAUCAUCCAAUCCUCAACGACCCAAAGCGUCGUCUGACUGGACCGAGAACCAAUUACGAUGCGGCUAUGAUGCAAUUCGAGCAGCUCAUUUGCAACAAACACUUCUUGCUCACCUUCAUCGAGACGCUCGAAUCGCAGCGGGACUUUAGCAUCCGCGACAAGGUGAACGUGGCUUCUCUGCUGGUAGUGACGUUGAUGGGCAACAUGGAGUAUGCCACGAGCGUCUUGCGUUCUCUUCUCUUCCGACUGAUGGAUAAGGCCGUAAGCACCAAGCAUCCGCAGCUGAUGCUCCGCCGCACCGAGUCCGUUGUGGAGAAGAUGCUCUCCAACUGGAUGGCUCUCUCCAUGUACCACUACCUCAAAGACCGAGCUGGACAGUCCAUCUUUGUCCUAUUCAAGGCUAUCAAGUACCAGGUGGAGAAGGGACCCGUCGACUCGAUCACGCACGACGCCCGCUACUCGCUCUCGGAGGAGAGACUCCUUCGCGAACAGAUCGAUCACUCUUUCGUGACGAUCCAUCUAGUUCAAGAGGAUCACUACGAGAAGAUCCCCUACCAGCCGUACCACACGAUUCCCUUGGCGCCAGAAGAGCUUGAGGAGAAGAUCCAGUGCCGCGUCCUGGAUUGUGACACCAUCAGUCAAGUCAAGCACAAAAUACUCGACGCCCUCUACCGUCACACCCCCUUCUCGCUGCGUCCAGCUGUUUACGAAGUCGAUCUAGAAUGGCGACAGCUGCGCGGCGGCAGUGUCAUCCUGUCUGAUGAAGAUGCGACAUCAAAAGUCAUCAACGGCUGGAAGAAGCUUAAUACUUUAGCUCACUAUGGUGUCAAAGAGUCUGCUGUUAUGUCGUUGGUACCACGCAAAAUCAACAACUGCACUAUGACGAACGGCCACUGCAAAUCGUCGUAUCGCAACUGUGUCAACGCUUACAACUUCAACUCGACACUGACUCACGCAAUCCUGCAGAACGGCAACGGCGAUCCGGAAAACGGGGUGAAUCACUUGCAAACGUUCCACUUGGUUCGACCGCCCAUGGACGACACCAAGUCGAAUAGCAAGCAAUGGUCACCCAACGGCCAGAUGGAUCGCACGCCCAAAGCCAUCCCCGAGAUCUUCCUCACCCGUCUCCUCUCUACCAAAGGCACAAUCGAGAAAUACGUAGUCGAUUUCUUCCGCACCAUCCUGACGGUCGACGAGCAUUUACCUCCGGCUAUCAAAUGGCUCUUCGAUCUCCUCGACGAAGGGGCUCGCAAGCAUAAUAUUACCGACCCCGAAGUGCUCCACGCCUGGAAAUCAAAUAGCUUGCCACUGAGAUUCUGGGUAAAUUUCAUCAAGAAUCCCGACUUCGUAUUCGAUAUUUACAAGACUAACACGGUUGACUCUUGCCUGUCGGUUAUCGCACAAACGUUUAUGGAUUCAUGCUCCACAUCUGAGCACCGCCUAGGCAAAGAUUCGCCUUCCAAUAAACUUCUUUUCGCCAAGGAUAUACCAAAAUUCCGCGAAAUGGUUUCGUCUUUCUACCAAGACGUUUCGAGUAUGCCUCAGAUCCCCGACCAAGAGAUGAACUCGACCAUGCAGCAACUGUCGAUGCUGCACAUCGGAGAAUUCGACACUGUAGCCGCCCUGAAGGAGCUCUAUAUCUACGUUAAUAAAUACCGUGUGCAGCUUUUUGAAAACUUGGAGGAGGAGAACUAUUGCCGGAAACUGCAACUGGCCCAGCGCUUGGCCAAUGUUGCCUGCGUCAUGGAGGGCGAAGAAACUUCGGCCUGUUGAUGACAAUUAACAAUAAAAAGUAAAAAACGCCGAAAUCUUACGGCUUUGUCGUGGAGAAAUCCCUUUCUGAUCUGUGAUAAAAAGAAAUGGCAAGAAAAAAAGCAAGAUAAAUUUGCAUGACGAUAUCGGCGUGUGAGAAGACCGAUAUUUCGCCCGCUCGUCAAAUGUUAAAGGGAUAAAUAAUUAUGAAGCCGCCACAAAGAGAUAGAAUAACUGUUUGGAAAAUUGUGCCUCGAUUGGUCUCUCUUCUUUCGAGAUCGAAUCCGCAUUUGUUUUGUUUGGUCCCCUCACCUCGUUUAUUUUUGUAACUGGAUAUCAUUGGUUUUCCCUCUCCAUUUGUAGAUUCUAUUGGCGUCGCAUGAUUCUUUUGCAUGGACCGAUGGUGGUUCUUGUCGCCUCUCCUUUUCUUCUGUAAGAUCCCUAUACCCUGUAACUCCCUCGCAAAAACAUGAGUAGUUUAAAAUGAUGUUCAUUUUCAUGUUAAAUAUUAAUACUAUGGGGCUGUUUAUAUGUCAUUACAUGUGCACACAGAAGACACUGUCCACCCGUUGGAAACGGUGUUCCCUCCUUAAUCAUAGACCAAGCUUUUCAGUUUUUUCUUUCAAAUUGUAUACACCUUGUCCCUUAUGUUUCUCUCAUUAUUUUAAAAUUCAGAUCAUGUCUAAUAUUAUAUAUAUGAAAUGGAAGAGAAAAACAACCCUUGCGAAUAAGCACAUGCGCAUUAUCGAGACAGGUGGAACAUAUUUUUCCCCCUAUCCCCUGACUAUGGAGUUGACUGUUGAUUUUCCCAAAUGAUUUGUGGCCUGUGUGGUUUGUACGUGUAUAUUCGCAAAAAUUAUGUAUCACAAAUUUGGAAAAAAAAAUGUUUUUUUCUAGUCAGGUUCUG